ACAGAGAGAGAAGGACGGAGCUCUUCUGAAGAACUACGUUCAAAAGAAGAAGCUGAGCGUAGUCCGUGCAGGUUUGAAAGCCGGGGACACGCUCAGAGAGGAGUGCAGCAAGUCAGAAGCGGAGCAUUGGAACUGCCAGCAAGAAAAGAAGAAUUAAUAAAGGAAACCACAGGCAAGUCAUGUAAACACUGAAGUUCAGACACAAAUUAGAAUUGAGCACUUCCUGCAAUGAGGCUCAGAAAAGUGUGUCCCAAAAUGUCGAACUGUGUGGCUCCUUUCGCCAUCCUCAUGAUUGUCCUUUCACGGCCCUCAUGGAGCAGCAAGGAAUAUGUCAGCUUUCCCAUCCAGAAUCGGGAUUGGACACUCAACCACUUGGCUGUUCACAGUAUAACAGGGAAUGUUUAUGUUGGAGCUGUCAAUUGGAUUUACAAACUAUCAAGCAACUUAACGCUGUUAUUGAAGCAUGAAACCGGUCCAGAAGAGGAUAACAAAUCUUGCUAUCCUCCACUGAUUGUUCAGCCUUGUAAUGAACCCCUGACAAUGACUAACAAUGUAAACAAAUUGCUUCUUAUUGAUUACUCUGAGAAUAGGUUGCUGGCCUGUGGAAGUCUCUUUCAGGGAGUCUGCAAACUCCUGCGACUGGAUGAUCUCUUUAUAUUGGUAGAACCUUCACAUAAGAAGGAACACUACUUAUCAAGCGUUAAUGAAACAGGGACAAUGUAUGGCGUAAUUGUCUCAUCUGAGGGAUCAGACAGCAAGCUCUUUAUUGGAACAGCAGUGGAUGGCAAGCAAGACUAUUUUCCGACUAUUUCGAGUAGGAAAUUGCCACAGGAUCCUGAAUCUUCUGCUAUGUUUGAUUAUGUGUUACAUAGUGACUUUGUUGCUUCCUUGAUUAAAAUCCCGUCGGACACCCUGGCUAUGGUGUCGCACUUUGACAUAUUUUACAUAUAUGGUUUUAGCAAUGGAAAUUUUGUGUAUUUCUUAACGGUACAACCAGAAACUGAAGGACUUACUGGCUCCACAAAUGAUCAGUUCUACACUUCCAGAAUUGUGCGCUUAUGCAAAGAAGAUCCCAAAUUCCAUUCCUAUGUUUCACUCCCUAUGGGCUGCAUAAAGAAUGGAAUUGAAUAUCGCCUUUUGCAAGCUGCGUAUUUGUCAAAACCAGGAAGUGUUUUGGCAAAGUCUUUAAAUAUUUCAACAGAUGAUGAUGUUUUGUUCACCAUAUUCUCGAAAGGUCAAAAGCAAUAUAAGCAUCCACCAGAUGAGUCAGCACUCUGUGUGUUUGUUGUGAAAUACGUUAAUCAACAGAUAAAGGACAGACUGCAGUCAUGUUACCGUGGUGAAGGGAAUCUGGAACUGAACUGGUUACUAGGAAAGGAUGUCCGCUGCACCCAUGCGCCAGUCCCAAUUGAUGAUGACUUUUGUGGAUUGGAUAUAAACCAACCCCUUGGGGGCUCUGUACUUGUGGAAGGCAUUACAGUUUUUACAGAGGAUAGGGACCGAUUGACAUCUGUGGCAUCCUAUGUCUACAAUGAUCACUCUGUGGUUUUCGUAGGAACAAAGAAUGGGAAACUUAAAAAGAUACGUGUAGAUGGUCCACCCAGUGAUGGAGCUCAUUAUGAGACUAUCAAUGUCAUGCUGGACAGAAGAAUGAUUCUGAGGGACAUGGGCUUCUCUACAGAUCAACAGUACCUAUACGUCAUGUCAGAGCGACAACUGUCAAGGGUGCCAGUGGAAUCAUGUGAACAGUAUGAGACAUGCAGCAAGUGUCUAAGUUCUGGGGACCCUCACUGUGGUUGGUGUGUCCUUCACAACAUGUGCUCGAGGAGAGACAAGUGCGAGCGAGCCACGGAGCCCUAUCGAUUUGCCGCCAGUAUUGAUCAAUGCGUGAAACUCAGUAUCCAGCCAAAUAGUAUCUCUGCAUCCGAGCACAGUGUACCGCUUAUUCUGAAAGUUAGUGAUGUUCCAGAUCUUUCUGCUGGCGUUGUCUGUGCAUUCGGAGGGUUGACCGAGGUGGAUGGUCAGAGAAUGGAUGACAAGAUAAUGUGCAUUUCACCAGCUGCUAAAGAUGUACCUCCCAUUCUUGCAGAUCAAGAUUGGAUUGGGGUGAGCCUUCAGCUGAAGUCCAGAGAGACUGGAAAGAUGUUUGCCAGCACUGAAUUUAAAUUUUUCAACUGCAGCGUUCAUCAGCUGUGUCUGUCGUGUGUGACAAGUGCAUUUCGCUGUCAUUGGUGUAAAUAUCGGAACCUUUGCACUCAUGAUCCAAGCAUUUGCUCUUUCCAGGAGGGUCGGGUCAAUGCAUCAGAGGAUUGUCCACAGCUGGUGCCCUCAGAUGAGAUUCUUAUCCCAGUUGGAGAGGUGAAACCAAUCACACUAAAAGCACGGAACCUGCCACAGCCACAGUCUGGGCAACGGGGAUAUGAAUGUAUACUUAAUGUACAAGGAGUAACUCAACGAGUGCCAGCGCUCCGAUUCAACAGUUCGAGUGUUCAAUGCCAAAACAGUUCGUACCACUAUGAAACAAUGGACAUCAGUGACCUGCCCAUUGAGUUUUCAGUGGUGUGGAAUGGUAACUUCAUCAUUGACAAUCCAGCAGACAUUAAAGUUCACCUGUACAAGUGUGAUGCACUGAGAGAGAGCUGUGGUCUUUGCCUGAAAGCAAACCAGAAGUUUGAGUGUGGCUGGUGUCGUGGUGAAGGGCGAUGUACACUGAGGCAACAUUGCCCCAUUGCUGCUUCUCAAUGGUUGGACCUGUCCAGCAAAAACAUGAAGUGCACCAAUCCUCGUAUUACAAAAGUAACACCAAUGUCUGGGCCACAGGAAGGGGGGACUCAGGUGACCAUCCAUGGAGUGAAUCUGGGUCUGGAUUUUUUGGACAUUGCUAAUAAUGUGCGUGUGGCAGGAGUGCAGUGUAUCCCACUGUUAGAUGGAUAUGUAAUCGCUGAGCAAAUCGUAUGUGAAAUGGGGGAGGCACGGCCUCACAAAGAAUCUGGUCCCGUGCAGCUCUGUGUUGGGGAGUGCAAACCUGAAUUUAUGACUGAGUCGUCACAGCAGUAUACCUUUGUGAAGCCCUCACUGGAAGACCUGAAACCAAACCGAGGCCCAGAGUCUGGGGGAACAAUGGUAACAAUUACUGGAAGAUAUCUUGGAGCUGGCAGCAACGUUAAUGUGUUGUUUGGGAAUCAAACUUGCGAGUUUUACAGGAGAUCUGUGUCUGAAGUUGUUUGCGUUUCUGCUCCAUCUCUUCAUGGUACUGGCCCUGUGCGUGUUUCAGUGAGUGUUGAUCGUGCUCAGAUGGAGGAUAGCUUGUACUUUGAAUUUAUUGAUGAUCCCACUGUCCUGCGGAUUGAACCAGAAUGGAGCAUUGCCAGUGGAAAUACUUCUUUAACUGUGUUUGGAACAAACUUGGAUAUAAUCCAGGAGCCAAGGAUCCGUGUGAAGCAUAACAACCGGGAAUCUCUUAAUGUGUGUGAAGUACUGAAUUCAACAACUAUGACUUGUCGUGCCCCAGCUCUUACACACGAGUACAGACCAGGGAUCGACACUGUGGAACGGCCAGAUGAGUUUGGUUUUGUCUUUGACAACGUGCAGACGCUGCUUAUCUACAAUAAUACAAAUUUCAUCUUCUACCCCAACCCGACAUUUGAACCUCUGAGUACGACAGGCAUGUUGGAACAGAAGCCAGGCUCCCCAAUUAUACUGAAAGGUCGGAACCUUUUACCUCCUGCUGCUGGUGGAGCAAAGCUGAAUUAUACUGUAUUGAUUGGCGACACUCCAUGUGCUGUCACUGUUUCUGAGACACAGUUACUCUGUGAACCUCCAAAUUUAAGUGGACAGCUUAGAGUCCUGGUCCAGGUGGGUGGACUGCAGUUCUCCCCUGGGAUGGUUCAUGUCAUAUCUGACAGCCUGCUCACCCUCCCAGCCAUUAUUAGCAUUGCCGCAGGUGGUGGCCUUCUGCUUGUCAUAGUGGUCAUUGUUCUGAUUGCCUACAAAAGAAAAUCAAGGGAGAAUGACUUGACCCUGAAACGACUGCAGAUGCAGAUGGAUAACCUUGAAUCACGUGUUGCUUUGGAAUGCAAAGAAGCUUUUGCAGAACUUCAGACAGAUAUUAAUGAGUUAACCAGCGAUUUGGAUCGAGCUGGAAUUCCAUAUCUUGACUACAGGACGUAUGCAAUGCGAGUUUUGUUUCCUGGAAUUGAGGACCAUCCAGUUCUCCGGGAGCUCGAGGUUCCAGGAAAUGGGCAGCAAAAUGUGGAGAAAGCACUGAAACUCUUUGGGCAACUCAUUAACAACAAGGUUUUCUUGUUGACUUUCAUUCGGACGCUGGAAUUGCAGCGGAGCUUUUCAAUGAGAGACCGUGGAAAUGUGGCAUCCCUGAUCAUGACUGCACUGCAAGGCAAGUUAGAAUACGCCACCGAUGUCCUCAAGCGACUACUGUCGGAUCUCAUUGAGAAAAACCUUGAAAGCAAGAACCAUCCGAAACUAUUACUUCGCAGGACUGAAUCUGUGGCUGAGAAAAUGUUGACAAAUUGGUUUGCAUUCCUCCUUCAUAAAUUCCUGAAGGAGUGUGCAGGAGAGCCUCUCUUCAUGCUGUACUGUGCCAUUAAACAACAGAUGGAGAAGGGACCAAUUGACGCAAUCACAGGCGAAGCACGCUACUCAUUGAGUGAGGAUAAAUUGAUCCGACAACAAACUGAGUACAAGACUCUAAUUUUGAACUGUGUGAAUCCAGAGAAUGAGAACAGUCCGGAGAUUCCAGUGAAGGUGCUGAAUUGUGAUACAAUCACCCAAGUUAAAGAGAAAAUCCUGGACUCCAGCUAUAAAAACGUUCCCUACUCCCAGCGACCUCGAGCAGUUGAUAUGGACCUGGAGUGGCGUCAGGGACGAAUGGCUCGAGUUGUUCUCCAAGAUGAAGACAUCACCACUAAGAUUGAAAAUGACUGGAAACGCUUGAACACCUUAGCACACUAUCAGGUGUCUGAUCGCUCUGUUGUUGCUCUGGUCCCCAAACAAACUUCUUCUUACAAUGUUCCAACUACAACCAGUAUGUGUCGGACAUCCAUUAGCCGCUAUGACUCUACCUUACGAUACACUGGAAGUCCUGACAGUCUACGCUCUCGGGCUCCCAUGAUUACCCCAGAUUUAGAGAGUGGUGUUAAAGUGUGGCAUCUAGUAAAGAACCAUGAUCAUGGAGACCAGAAGGAGGGUGACCGUGGCAGCAAGAUGGUAUCUGAAAUCUACCUGACAAGACUGCUAGCAACAAAGGGCACUCUGCAGAAGUUUGUAGAUGACCUGUUUGAGACAUUGUUCAGCACAGUACACCGUGGCAGUGCCUUGCCACUUGCCAUUAAAUACAUGUUUGAUUUCCUGGAUGAGCAGGCUGACCGACAUGUCAUCCAUGACACAGAUGUUAGGCACACAUGGAAGAGUAACUGUUUACCAUUACGAUUUUGGGUGAACGUGAUUAAGAAUCCACAAUUCGUGUUUGACAUUCACAAGAGCAGUAUUACAGACGCGUGUCUAUCUGUUGUGGCACAGACCUUCAUGGACUCUUGUUCAACAUCUGAACAUCGACUCGGCAAGGACUCUCCAUCGAACAAAUUGCUAUAUGCCAAGGAUAUUCCCAACUAUAAGAGCUGGGUUGAAAGGUAUUACGCUGAUAUUGCCAAAAUGUCUGCAAUUAGCGAUCAAGACAUGAAUGCUUACCUGGCAGAACAAUCCCGUUUGCAUGUCAAUGAGUUUAACAUGCUGAGUGCAUUGAAUGAAAUCUACUCUUACGUUACCAAAUACAGUGAAGAGAUAACUGCUGCCUUGGAACAAGAUGAGCAAGCACGGAGACAGCGUCUGGCGUAUAAAGUUGAGCAACUGAUUGUCGCCAUGUCGCUAGAGAGUUGAGAGUGAAAUUGUCAAGAACUCGUGGCUGAAUAGUGAACUCAAUGGAGAAAGUCAUAAGAUAGGGAGAGUAAAGCGUGGAUCUUGUGGUUAAUUGCAAUGUCCAAAGUUGCACAAUAUCAAGUGGCCAGCAUGGCAAUUUAUUUUUGAAAUGUUUUGGAUACCUCUCCAUUUUGUUUAUCUCUGGUAUGGCUGCGUUCAGAAUACUACCUUUAGAUGACUUGCAACCUGGGUGCGAUGACCUUGAGUACAAUAGUUUAUGUUUACAAAGAACAAACUUUGGGAGCUACAGCUAUAUUUGUGGUGUGUUUACUGACAGUUCGAACAGGAGCUGAUGCAAAUGAACAAUGCAGGCAGGUUUAUGUGGCCAUGAGCAAGAAAGGACACGCAAAAUCAGUACCAUGCUACGGAAUUCUACCUUACCCGCUGUAAGAAGUAAAUACCAAUCACAGCAGCAACAUGCACAAUUGGAUAACCAAAAGCUCAUCCAGCAAAAUGAAACUGGUUAGAGGCAGCAGUUAUUUCCAGUGCAAAUUAGAAAGGAAGAACAGCAGACUUCACACAUCAAGAUGUAUCUCUUGGAAUCCAGAAUCUUGCCUUUCUGAAAUUAGUGCCAUCCCUGCCUCAUAAUGUGUUACGGACAUUAAUGAACUUGACAAUACUGAUACAAAUCAUAAAUGCACAUAUGGGUGACAAGCAGUCACCCCAAAGGUUUGUCGAUUUUUUUUUAAAUUUUAAAAUGUGUAUUUCAGUUUUUGUUUUAAGAAACAAGGUUUCAUCAGUGCUGCUAUUUAGCCAAACUCUUCCAUAUUGUAACAACAGUCAGUAAUAGUCAAUGUGAGGUUCAUACAGGGCUUUCUUCUUUAUUCUAACUUGCUGAAUGUAAUACCGUGGCUCAGUAGGAAACUCAAAGAAAUUGUACUGGAAGAUCUGUCAUCUUCACACGUUCCAUCAUCCUGUAAAUCACAAUCAUGUCAUUGAGUGAUCCCUACCACAGUGCGUAAUUUCACCUUUACAAGGCAUUACAUGUUUAAUGGGUUUUCUACCAAACUGUGGUGUGAAAUAAAGGAAAGGAAAUUGGAGAAAUUUCUCAUCCUAGCUGGAGAUUUGCUUUUUUUUUCAUUCUUUUCAUCAAAUCAAAUCACCAUGAGGGAGUUGACAAAGCAAAAUUAUUGUUCAAACUCCAGCUCAAGAGGCAACAUCCCUCACCAGACAUCAGUUACUUGUAAAAACCUAUGUCAGUAAAAUCUGAAUUAGGUGGUGCUGCUAAAUAAAUAGGUGAAAAUGAAACAGCUGUCAAUCCAUGUGAGCAGUGUGGUUAUCUUCAGUGAGAGCAUCAUAGAUUUAUCAAGAUAUGGCAAAUGGCUUGAUAAUUUCAAGUCUGUUUGAAAGUCAGCAAUGUUGUUUGCUGAAUAUCCACGUACAUACGCUGUUGGAUUUGUAGCAGUAAUGGUGACAUUUGGAAGCUGCCACUUCAAGUAAUUAUACUUUAGUUUUUGAGGUUUUGAUUCUCCUAAGAUGACUGGCGAGAUCAUGUAGGCCAUCAAAGGCUAUCAGUGUACCCAUUAGUUCAUUUUUGCUGUCUUCUGUCCUCCUACCUUGGUUACUUAUUAUCCUUAUCUCACUUUAUCUUUGGAAAAAUGGACAGAAAUGUCCUAGGCUUCUCCAACAUGCUCAUAGUGAGUACCACUUAUUGGUCAGCCCAGCAGAAGAUGCCAGUUAGGAAACAAACGAGGAAGAACUGGCUUCUAGCUCACCUGAGAUGCUUUGCUUCCCAUUUAUAUUUGAAAGAGUAAAGUGAAAACUUACCUGCCAAAUGUUCAAGCACAAACUAUGUUAUUUCGAGGGAAGACCUAGAUGGUGUGAAGCAAGCCUCCUGUGUGCUUUGCUACCAAAGAUUUUACUUUAAAUAUUUUUUAAUACAAAUCUGUGCAAAAUGGGUACGGUCACUUGACAUCAAAUAUCUACAGCAAUUGUUUAAAAGUUCUUUCCAAAACAGUUUUCUUUUUCCAUUUUGCGUUGAAGAAACCAAAGCUUUUAAAAGUGCAUGUCCUAGUGCCACAAAGUGUAUAAACGUUGUAAAUAUUGAUCUUACCUCGGUGUGGGAUGAAAAACCCAGAGCUUUUUAUUGCUGUUGUGCAUGGUCCUCUAGUAAUACAAAGAUGUGGAUAGUGUUAUUUGCACUUUUGUGAGAAGAUGUCUAUGGUGUUUUGACAUGGUUCAAUCUGAUGUUUCUAAUGCGUGGAGCAGUAACAAAACAAUAUGAUCAUCAAUAUCGAGGAUAGAUGGCACUUAAUGUAUAACAAUUUCAUUUGAAAAAAUUGUACUCUUCAUUUGUUCCUAUCUCUGCUAUUCAUCAUAACCCAAUGUAAUGCAGCACUUUGAAGGGAAUAUGUAUCGUAAGUUAGGCUGAGAAGCUUUAUAAGUAAUGUCACAUUAGAAGGACACCUCAUGCUAUUCCUCUCUGUCGUUCAGAAUUUCACUGUGCGGUUUCGUGUUGUAAGGAUGAGGUACUCCCUUGAAGAAUAAAGGAUAAUGUACCUUCAUGGAAUCUCUGUUGCUCAGUGGCAGAGUCCAGGAGGGGGUCGUGACCGGUGCAGCUGUGAAUGGAAGGGCAAAGGAGCUGACCUUUCGCAGCCUAUGCGGGAUCUUCUGAGUAUUCGUGCAGUCACAAGGCUUACAUGGAAUAUUUCUCAUGAUCUCCCUCAAUCUGCUCACAUCCACUUUGAACAACUUCAUACGUGAGAACUUGGUCAAAACUGCAAAUAUUUUGCCCAUUUCACUUGUAACUUUCCUGUUGUUGCCUUUUUGAUUCUGAGGCAAAUAGCAGCUAGCUAUCCGAGGCUUCAUUGGGAUUCUGUUGUGGUAUGCCUACUCAUCCACCCCUGCAAACACCCAAGACCUUCACACUUAGCUCCAAUCCUGUUUUUUUUUAAUUCUUUGACAGGAUAAGACAAAAAGUAAAAUGAAACUUACUGAUAGAGAUUCAACUGGAUAUCAAUGGUGAGAUGAAAAUCCUGAAACCAAUUCAUUAAUGCAGCUAAAAUCAGACUGCAAACUCUGGCACAAUAUUACACAGAUUAGCAGGUGAAAUAGAUCAGGGUACAUCGGAAAAAAGAUACCACCUAUGUUUGAAGGUGAAUAAUAAUUAGAAAUUAUGUUUUAGAAGUGUGACCAGAAACAAACAAACAUGUCGCUCCUAAAUGUAAAAACAGGAUUUUUUGUCAAUUGUAGUUUGUGAAUAUGUUGCUACUUGAAUGCAGUAGAAUAUUUAUGGUCCCACAGCUGCAGAACUGGUGACUCUUCCUAUUAAGUUGUGCAAUUUAACUUCUUUCAUGAAGAAUUUUUCUCCCAUCACUAGUUCUGUUCUAAAGGUGUUUCUAACGUCUGGUUUGUCAAUAUUUGGGUGCUGGUAGUCCUCUUAAUUCUCACUACAAUGGCGAAUCUUGAUAAUGAGUGGUUUACUAUGGCUUUUGGAUCGCCUGUUAAUUAUCCUAGGGGUCACCCUACUCAUAACUAAUGUUCAACUUCUAUUCCCUUUCCAACAAUAAUCUUCAGAUGGUGACCAAGAGUGUACCCCAAAUCCAUGGAAACUGGCAUAAUAAUAUAUAAAUGUCCUGAAGGAGUUUAGCUAAUUUGGGACUGACCAGGGGUUAAAUACAGGAUCUUAUUCGUGUGUUUAGUUCAAUAGAGCACCAGUUAGAGCAUUUACCAAGUAAGGCAUUGCCAAAACCAUUGCUGAAAUCUGUAACAAAGAAAAAUAUACAGUUGUACCCAAUAGAAUGCAAUAGGUUGAUUGGAUUAAAGAAAUGUUUAGACUCAGAUAUGCAUGAAACAGGACAGCUGUAUCGUUGCUUGGUUAGAAAUUUGGAGCUGAUAACAAGCUGUGAAUGUCAAGACCUUGUCACAAAUUGGAUCAUACUGCAUUAGCAUGUUGAGUAGGUGCACUCAACUGUACAUUGGUUUCUGGUUAAAUUCUGGUUUAAUCACAGCCCUCAUUUAAGCAGUAAUGGAGAAGCCGGGAUACAGUAGCUUGCAAUUAAAAACAAUCAGUCAAGCUGCUUCUCAGCCACCACAUACUGAGCAAGCAUGCAUUCAUUAUUACCAUUCAAUCCAUGUCUUAACUGCAGUUAUACUUGAAUCCUUCAUCACAAAUUGGUGAUUGACAUUUAUUUAAGUAUCCAGCAGGAUCUUUACAAUAACAUUUGUAAUUCUUCAGGAUACUUUGUGCAGAAAGUUUGCUCAAGAAUUCAGAUUCCAAGUUUGCUGAUUCAGUGUGUCAGAAAUUGAUGCGAAAUUGACAUUUGGAUCAUUUGAAAAAGGAUGGUGUAAUGUUAACUGAAGUACAAGCAGAGGUAUCUCAGCUACCUUACAGAUAUUCACAAAUGAUUGGAUAACAGAAUACAGAAAAUAUUGGAACGUUUUUCACAAGUAUCAGAAAGAAAAACCUAAAACAAAUUUAGGCAGGAUAAUUCCAAACAAUUCUUUUCAUAAGAUUGUCAAGGUAAAAAAUACAGUACAGUGAUGUUACCUUUGAGUGAUUAAACGCUGGGUUACACAUGAAAAUUUGGUGCAACACAAACUGAUCUUGUGUAACUUUUUUUCUUAAUAUUAGUAGAACUAAGGCAACUUCAGAAGAGCUUUAUGACCCCAUACAGUGGCAAAAGAUAAGCAUAAUGCUAUGUAAGCCUGAACCCAUAGAAUUUCACUGUUUCAUUGAUGGUUUUGUCUUUUCAGUGUUCUGUAGCAUCAGUAGCUUCAGUGUAUCACUCCAUUUUAAUCUCUGACCUCCAAACCUGACUCUCUGCCUCUCUCGCAGUGAACCUCUGGGAUACUUCCAGUGAAUCGGAGCAAAAAGGAUAGAGUUCCUACAAUGUCAGUUUAAACAAAAAAGAAAAAUAUGAGAAAAAUGCAGUCAACAAUUUAAAAUUAGUUCUGUUUGUUAUAUUGUGUACUUAUUGUAAAUAUGAAUCACUGCUAUUUUGCAAGCCCGAAUCACUUUGUACUGUUGUUGUAGAUAAAUAA